AUCACCAAGGUACUUUUAAAAAUUUAAGAGAACCCGCAUUCUAUCAAACUUAUAGUGGUGUUUAACAGUUAAUAAAAUUUUGACAAAAUCUAUCAACUCGCAAGGUUCUGGCUUCACUUGAUAGUCAGAGAUGAUACCGGUGUCUCAAAAAUAAUGAUCCUAGACAAGGUUGCUAAUGGGAUUGUUGCUGAGACUCCACUCAAGUUGCUUAAUGGAAGUUGGGAAGAGCUUGAAGACACAAGCUUAAUACCAGAGGCUAUUACUGAUUUGAUUGGAAAAAGUUUCACAUUUGGAGUCUAUGUUGAGAAGGACAAUGUAUCUUAUGGUGGUGAGAUUUUCAAGGUCGGCAAAAUAUACAAAGACAGGCUCGAUUGCUUGACUGGUGCACUCACACCAGUUAGCUCUGAUCCGCCCUUGACAAUUACCAGUGUUGAUGAGGGUUCUGUUAACUUAACUGAUAGCCAAGAACUCAAUGACUAUGUGUCCACACCAUCCAGUAAGAGAAAAGAAGAUGAGUCUAUUUCUCACCCUGACAUCAGUUCAACAACAAAGAGACCAUGCUUAAUGAAAGUAAAACAAGAGAAGGCAGAAGAUGCUGCUAAGAAACAUGGCUAAUUUUGCAAGAAGACUAUUUACCUUUUAAUUUAUAUGUUUUUGUUUUUGAGUUUAUUUUUAAAAAUUGUUUGGUUUUGGCUUU